AUGCAUAGCCUAGAUGAUGGCGAAUUGUUUUUCACAGAAGCUUUAACAAAAUGGAACGACCAAAGCUUUGGAGCUGAUUACACAUCUUUCGUGGACAGUCUACCAUGUGAUGAGCUUAGCACCCAUGCACAGCUUCUUCAUCAUAAGGGCGCAAUAACGGAAUCAUUGCUGAAAUGUUUACAAGAUCCCGCUUGCAAAUCUAUACCUGCCUUUUGUGAGCUGACGUUAGCUCUAGCACGUGAUUUAAAGGAAGAUUUUGCUGAUGAUAUGUGGGAUUUCUUUGGAGCGCUCACGAAUAUUCUCGAUCUUGGAGAACGAGAGGUCGAAUCGGUUGAAGCUGCUUUUUAUUGUCUGUCUUUCAUGGUGAAGGUGAUGUGGAGAAGUUUGUUGAAGGAGUUCAAUCUAUCAUUUGUACGCUUCAUCCCUCUAUUUGGCAGUAGCCGUCCGUACGUCAGACGCUUUGCGGCGGAGGCUUUCUCUUUUGUUAUGAGGAAAUCCUCUAAUCUUAAAAAGCUUUGCUGCUAUGUAGUGGAACAAGCGUUUAAAGUUGGUGAUGAUCACUUGUCCGAAGGAUGCGCGCAGUUGUUUUUUCAUAUCUGCAAAGGUGUUGGAGGUGGUUUCCAUAGCGCUGCUAGUGAACAAGUCGAAUGCAUCAUUGCUGCCAUAUUUUCAUUGCCUGACCAAGACGUAUGCGAAUAUGGUGUGAUUGUACUCGAAAAAGCCAUACAGCUUAUCGUACAGUAUAUCCAAAAGAACAGCAAGUCGGAUCUACUUUUCCUUGAGACUAUUCUCAUCGUGGGUGAAAGCUAUCUU